AUGUCUCUGGAUCUUGACGACCUCCGCCGUAUUCGUGAGUAUGACGAGAAUCCAAAAACACGGCGUUACGCAGCAAAUAUUAUUCCGAUUCGAGAAAAUGGGAACUUCAUGUUGUGCACGAUUAUACUUGGUAACACAAUUUGCAAUGCGAUUUGUGUGCUGACGUUUGAUCGAAUGACUCGCGGGCUCGUUAUGACGCUUACUGAGCGAAUGAUCUUCAUCAACAUCAUUCCAACGUUAUUCAUCAUGUUCUUUUCUGAAGUGAUCCCUCAAGUUAUUUGUACCAAGUAUGCUCUACCAAUAGGAAGCCGUUGCCGCCAUCUUAUGGUAUUUUUCAUGGUAUUAACGUUUCCAGCGAGCUACCCAUUAUCAAAGCUUCUCGACUAUGUCGUGGGGAAAGAGAUCCGUAUGACGAUAGAUCGCCGAAUGUUGGGCGAUUUGAUGCGUCAACAGCAGCAAAAGUACGAGACUGUAAACAUGGCCGAUGUGCUGGAAAAUGCUAUGAAUCUUCAAGUACGACGCGUCCGCGAUGUAAUGACACCGAUCGAGAAGUUCCGUUUCGUAAGCGGUGAAACACCUAUAGCUCAGCUGAUGCUCGAACUGAAACGGGGUUUCCCAUUGGCCAUCGUCGUCGACUACUUACACGAUGCAAAAUGCUACCAAGUCAUAGGUAUAGUUACUUUGGAAGACAACUUGGAGGAGGUAAUCGGUGAGAUCUACGAUGAGAAGGAUCGUGCUAUCGAAGAGAAUAUUGAGAAAGUGGAAAGAGCUAUACCUCAGUCGUUGCCGCAAUCCGAAAUCCAUUUAGCACCUGAGCUUACGGUGAAAAUUGCCAAGAAGAGAAUUGUCAAAAAGGCUUUGGAGGAACAAACCCCAGAAGCAGCACCUCUCCUGGCAAUGGCACCUUCUAAGCGCAAAGCUUUCGGGUUAAGCACUUUUUGA